AUGGGAAACCAAACGGAAACGGAGGCGGCACCCGUGCCGAGAGUGGCGGUAGUGGUGUGCCUGAUCAAAGGGAAAACGGUGCUGUUGGGACGGCGCCGUUCCUCCCUUGGCGACUCCACCUUUUCCCUCCCUGGUGGCCACCUCGAAUUCGGUGAGAGCUUUGAGGAGUGUGGAGCAAGAGAAGUGAAGGAGGAAACUGGUUUGGAGAUUAAGAAUAUAGAGCUGAUGACGGUAAGAAACAACGUGUUCCUAGACGAGGCCAAGCCAUGCCAGUACGUGGGGAUUUUCAUGAGGGCAGUUUUGGCAGAUGAUUAUCAAGUGCCCCAAAAUGUGGAGCCAAACUUCUGUGACGGAUGGGAUUGGUACGAAUGGGACGCUCUCCCUAAACCACUCUUUUGGCCUCUGGAGAAUGCGAUUAUGGCCGGAUUUAAUCCUUUUCAUACAUGA